CCUUUUUAUCCACGCUGGACACAAAGUCUCGGCAAUAAUUCCAAUUGCAAUCGAUUCUCGGGAGGGGUUGGUGGGUUGCCUUUCUGAAUCGGGGUCGCGAGCGCGCGUACUCCCAGUGCGGCCAACACCGCGCGCGCACGGACCAGCCUCCGCCGCACCGUGUCUGGAAAUCGAACACCCGAACCCAUUUAACCCGGCAAAUGGAACGUUCUUGGCAGGAAAGUUUGCUGAACCGCGCAGCAGACUGCGCUCUUGCGCCUUGGCGGAAUAUCCGGAACCGUUGGUGGAAGGCUGGUAUCCUGGGAAUCCCUUCCGAGAACGCAGCGACAUCAGAUGUGUUGGCUGACCGCUACCGAAGAGGCCGAGGUGAUGUGAUCUGUGUCAAAGGAGAGGCAUUCUUGGCGACGCAUCCACUGCCUGAUCAAGCAGUUGGUGUGCCGCGCAGGGCUCAGCAAGGAAGCUGCUGCAGUACGUACCCGCUGCAGCUGAUACCAGUUACGGUAACGUUGACCGUGCUGCGGCUUUAUCGCGACCGGUCGCGGCGUACCGUAUUGCGGGCGAUGCAGGGUUUGCAUGAUCUUGCAGCUCCCUUCGCUGUGCACGUAACUCGUCACCUACACGACCAAAGUACGACAAGAAGGUCCACGUACAUAAAACAGAAUUCCAAAACAGCAAUGACAUUGAACAUGAAAAGUAGUUCGAUCGGCGUUGGAGGCCGUCAGAGCCUGGGAAAAUUACCGAUGAACUUACGCGCGCGAAAUGGGCCUCGUGUCGAAGGUAUACGAGCACUGAAGGAAGACAGCGCCGUUCGUCGUUGCCGAAAAAGAAAAAAGUCGCUCUCCGCUCUCUCGUCGGAUCCGGGUUUGGACUUCACACGGGUUUUCGCGCGCUCCCGGCCGGAUUGGGCACGAUUGAUUGUUCAGUCAUGACUUGGCGCUAACUCGACUAGCUCGAAUAGUGCGAGUGAAGGAAUUCCGUCCGAAUAUUUCACUGAUCUGAUUCAUUUCACUUACCCACUACACCCACCACAUACCACCCACAACAAAUGAAAGAAUUUG